CGUUCGAUGUUGCUUGAGCAAACGCUGCUCUAAAUAUGAAAAGUACUUGAAUUAAACGAAACGAACGUCAACAAACCAUGCGCCACAUCGUCACACAAUGAUAUAAAGCGCAGAAUUGAAUUUGAUUAAAUAUAUUUGAAGUUAGGUUUAGAAGGCGUUUAAAAAAAAUUAGUUUUAUUUUGGAAACGCGUUGCUAACAUUAGCCGCCUUUAACUGACGUGGACCUGCAGCCGUUGUUGUUUUUUUAUUUUACUGCUGAUUAGGGAGGCAGCUGAAGGCAACAACAUGUCCGCUCGCCGCCGGGGUCAAGCGCAAGACGAGCAAAAGCUCGUCGAGUCUAUGGCGCAAGGAGACAAAGAGGAGAAGCCCGAUUUACGGGGCGAUAGACGCAACAUAGCCAUAUUGCUGUUCCUGUACGUGCUGCAAGGCAUCCCCAUUGGACUGAUUGCUGCUGUGCCCAUGCUGCUGCAGAAUCGAGGUGCCAGCUACAAACAGCAAGCGGAAUUCUCAUUCGCCUAUUGGCCAUUCAGCAUAAAGCUGUUGUGGGCGCCAAUCGUGGACUCGCUGUAUGUGCGUCGUUUCGGUCGUCGCAAAUCGUGGUUAGUGCCUGUGCAGUAUCUGUUGGGCGGUUUUAUGCUGCUGCUGUCUGCGCACGUAGAUCGCUGGCUGGGUGGCAACAACCUGGAACCCAACGUGCCGCUGCUAACACUGUUGUUUUUUGUGCUGAACUUUUUGGCCGCCACACAGGAUAUUGCUGUCGAUGGCUGGGCAUUGACCAUGCUUAAACGUUGCAAUGUGGGCUACGCUUCCACCUGCAAUAGUGUGGGCCAAACGGCUGGCUACUUUUUGGGCUAUGUGGUGUUUAUUGCUCUCGAAUCGAAGGACUUUUGCAACACAUAUUUGCGCUCCACUCCAGAGGAUGUGGGCAUGAUUACGCUGCCACGUUUCCUCUGGUUCUGGGGCAUCACGUUCAUCGUGGCAACUACGCUGGUGGCGAUAUUUAAACGGGAGAACGACGUUGAGGAUGCUCACACCGACGCACGCUACACGGAGGAACACGAACUUAACAUUCACGAGAGCUACAAAGUUCUCUGGGACAUGGUUCGCAAGCGACCCGUACAGAUUUUAGCUGGUAUUCUUCUGACUGUGAAAGUGACUUUUGCUGCGUCCGAUGCGGUUACCUCAUUAAAACUGAUCGAUGCCGGCGUACCAAAGGAGAAGUUGGCUCUGCUGGCUAUUCCCGUGAUUCCACUACAGCUUAUCUUACCUAUCUUAGUGGGCAAAUAUACCAACGGACCCCGUCCAUUGGAUGUGUACCUAAAGGCAAUACCUUAUCGUAUAGUAUUAGCGAGUGUAGCCUCGAUCAUUGCGUAUGCGACGCCUUAUUUGAUUUCCGGCGGCGAGGUGCCCGUCUACUACUAUGUGCUUCUAAUCAUUAGCUAUGGCUGUUAUCAGGUAUUUCUGUACUCUAUGUUUGUGGCCGCUAUGGCAUUCUUUGCCAAGAUCUCGGAUCCCGCCGUUGGUGGCACCUACAUGACAUUCCUUAAUACACUAUGCAAUCUUGGUGGCAAUUGGCCAAAUACGGUGGUACUUUGGUUAGUAGAUGUGCUAACCGUAAAGCAGUGCACCACACAAUCUGAGAAUCCCUGCGAGAAUAAGGAAGAACAGCAGGCCUGUAUCACUUCUGCGGGCUCGUGUAAAAUUAUAUUUGAUGGCUACUACUUGGAAGCGGCGGUGUGCGUGGUAUAUGGCAUUAUUUGGCUGCUGGUGGUGCGCAAGUGGAUAGUCCAUCUGCAGAAUCUGCCCACAAGUGCCUGGAUGGUAGUCAAGCCAUCUGCAGCCAAGCAUAAAUUGCGGUAGCAAUUAAUCGUCUGAUCUUCAUUUUGCGCUACGCGCACAAUCAUUGGUACAAGAAGCUAUACAUAGAAAUCUAGGACUAGGACUAGGACCUCGUGCAUUGUAGGCUAGGCGAAAUGUAAAUUGUUUAUAAGCCACGCCCAUCUCCUCCGUAUUGUUUUAUAUUACUUAAUAUUCCACAUGGAAAUAAAAUCAAAUUCAAUGUUGAGCAU